CGCAGUUUCUCUCAUCGCUGGCCCUUGUCUCUGCCGCCGCGGCCGUCCACGACGGUGUUGCCGUGCUGCUCGCUGUCUCAGCUUCUACGGGGGCGCGUUGCGCCUCCUUUACUUGCAAAGGACGGCCAGUCUGUGCUGCGCGGAUCUUGCUCGUGUGCUGUGCUGGACAACGAAGUGCCGACCUCUACAAUGGCUGUGCUUUCAGGACAUCAAUCUGCGACCACAACACCUGGCCAAGAUGGGGAGGCACAAGGUUCAAGCUUGCUGGAGGCUGUGCUGCAGCCGACGGCCAAUGAAGAUUCAGUUGAAGAACCCAACAAGGAGAAUGUUAAUCCUAUUUGGGUACCUCAAAUUGGUCAGAAAUUUAGAAAUUUAGAUGAUGCUUGGACAUUUUGGGUAGAUUAUGGAGGUCAUGUAGGUUUUGAGGUCAGAAAAAGGUACGCAAAUGAAAGCAAAUAUGAUGGGAAGAUAACUUCAUGUCGAUUUGUGUGUGCAAAAGAGGGCUAUCGAGCACGAGACAAGAGAGAUCAUAACACAAAGAAUCCUCGAGCUAAAACAAGGACAGGUUGUCCAGUUCGAAUCGGUCUUACAUUAGAUCGAGUGGAAGGAACAUAUGAAGUGUUAGAUCUAGUGCUUGCACACAAUCAUGUUCUUCACUUGCCACAAACCUUUCAUCUGCUGCUAUCACAGAGAAGGAUUUCAGAAGUGCAAGCUUUUGAAAUUGAGGCCGCGGAUGAUUCAGGAAUUAGGCCAAAAGCAGCACAUGAGUUGGCUAGUCGGAUGGUUGGAGGAGCAAUCAAUCUUAGCUACACUUGUCGUGAUCAAAAAAAUUACUUACAAGGUAGAUGCCAAAGGGAGUUGGCAUAUGGUCAAGCAGGAAGCAUGUUCUGA